AUGGGAAAUUCUGGAACCUGUUUAACCGAUUACCUGAGCGUCUGUGCUCCUGAGAAAGUUCUUUUAGUCAUAAGCUUUUGUACUGUCCUUUUGGGUUUCGUUCUUAUUGUUUUAGGUGUUUGUAUCACUCAGCUUAGUGAUGGACUGUAUGCUCAUUUGUCCAUAUCAUAUUCAGCUGUCCCUAUUGUGUUUGCUGGUUGUAUUACACUAUUAAUUGCCAUUCUUAGGAUCGUUUCUACAAGUAAAAGUUUAAGGGAAAUGAAUUUGACUCCCUGUGAGUUUGGAAAACAGUGGAAUAAAAAGGAGUCUGUUUCCGAGCCUAUUUCCUACAAUCUUCAAGAAAACGCAUAUAAUACAUUUUCUUUUGCAAAUAAAUCUCCUGGCAAUUUUAGCUCCAACUCAUUUUCGGAUAAGAAGGUUGAUCAUUUUCCCAUGCCUGUAACAAACUAUCAUCAAAGAUUACCAAUGCCACCAAGGCGAGCUGUUUUGUAUUAG